GCCGUGGACAUCAUAGAGAACUGAUGUGAUUUAAGAACUCUAGAACGACAAAUCUUAAGCUCGGCUUCGCCUGAAACGGAGAGAACCAUCCAGACGAGCAGUGUUGCAGUCAUGGGGGCGUCUCUGGGAGGCCACGUGAACGUCACCGCCGGGUGUCCCGUGAACGGCAGCGCUCAUCUGUUAGGCGUGCCUUACCUGACGAGACUCUCUCAUCUAGACAAAGAGACGUUAUAUGAGAACUUCUACGCUCUGUGGAUCACGCUGAUGGUGGUGAACACGCUCAUGUUCGUGGUGGGCGUGGUUCUCAACAGUCUGGCCCUCUACGUGUUCUGUCAGCGCAGUCGCUCGCGCACGACUCCCGCCAUCUACACCAUAAACCUGGCGGUGGCUGACCUGCUGGUGGCGCUGUCUCUGCCCGCCCGCAUCGCCCUGUAUCACAGCGGGGGCGACUGCGCUGCCUGUUUCUACGUCCACACCUUCAGUUAUUUCGUGAACAUGUACUGCAGCAUCUUGUUUCUCACCAGCAUCUGUGUGGACCGUUACAUGGCGGUGGUCCGCCCGUCCGGAGCGGCGGGCCGCUGGAGAAGCCCCGUGAUAGCCAAAGGUGUAAGCAUGUGCGUGUGGCUGUUCGCCGUGGUGGUCACCUACUCCCUGCAGACCUCCGCCCUGGAGUUCGGCGGCACGUCAUGUUGUCGUCUGGCCGUUCUCUUCGCCCUCACCCUGCUGGAGUUCGUGCUGCCGCUGCUGGUCAUCGUGGCGUUCACCGUGCGCGCGGCCUGCGCGCUGGCGGACGGCGGGCUCAUGCCGCAGAGCUGGGGGCGGCGCACGCGGGCUGUCAGGCUCCUGGUAGCCGUGCUGGUUGUGUUCACCGUGUGUUUUACGCCGUAUCACGUUCGUGAAGCUGUGGUGUACUUCCAGCUAGGGGGCAGCAGAGAACAGCACGUGGUGGCGUAUCACGUCACCAUCACCCUCAGCAGUUUGAACAGCUGCCUCGAUCCCGUGGUUUACUGCUUUGUGCCCGAUAGCUUCCGUUCGACACUACGUAGGGAUCGGAGAAAGAGGUUGACGGAGCACCCGAUGCCCGGAUCCGUGGUCAAAGGAAACAGGAGCCCCAAAGAGUCGGGAACGGCAGCGGGCGUUGGGUACAGCGUGGCUACGUUGACUCUAACACCCAAAGACAUCCCAGCCUGAAACAACACAAAUAAACAAACAAACACAAUUCAUAAACAGCUUAUUCACAUCCAUUUGUACAAAAAAAUCGAGCGA